AACAAAAUGGCGUACACUCUGCGUGAGCUGUUUAUCCUCUGCGAUAAUUACUGUUUUUGCGAUACCUUCCAACAUCUAUUAAGACAGUGAGAAUUCUGUAAACUCCAACUUGCAAUAUUAUUUACGAAAAACGUAUUAUAUUACCAUAUGUCUGUAUCGUUAGUAUUUAUUCGGAUCGAAAUAGCCGACCUCGAAGAUUUCCCCUUGUUGCCAUCCAUUCACUACACAGCUCAAAGAAGAAUGUCUGAUUUUGGAAACAAUGAUGAACAAACUGAACAGACAAUACCAGAUAAGGAAGUGGAGUCAUCCACAAAUAGUGGAGAAACAUCUGGAAAGAGUCUGGAGACAGGGGAGUGCAAACGGAAAAGUGUAACUCCAGAUCUCAUCAAGACACACCAAGGAGUUCGUGAAUUAAAAGAGAUUUCAAUAGAGACAGUUAAUUAUAAAGAUAUUGAGUUUAAAGCAGAUGAAACAGCACUGCAGGGGGAUGACACAUCAACUGUUAAUGACAAAGACAACACUCAAGUAUUGAGUGUGGAAUGUGAAAUUGAAUCACCUGAUAAAGAUGUUAAUAUUUCUCAUUGCAACGAACCAAAAGAUAAAACUCAAAUUAAACCAGCUGGUCAGAAACCUAAAACUGAAAAUGUUAAAUCGUUUGCACAAGUGACAAGACGUCAGCAGCUGCCUUCCAUUUCGCUGGUUGAACCAUCGCCAGAUCACAAAGGUGGUCCCGGUAGUCGUCCUGGGAGCGGUUCAGCACGGUCACAGGGGGUUAAGAGUCACAGUCCAGUCACGAAGAUACCAAGUCAGAUUUCAUUCUUUUCUGGGAAUCCCAGUGUCGAAAUCACUAAAGGGAUCUUACACCUCUACAAAGAGACGUUUAUGACCUCGCUGGAUGAUAAUACUCCAAGGAGUGAAAUGAUCGUGUUGCUCGGUGUUCCGGCAGCAAUGACCAUUCACGAUCUGGUACAGUUUACGGCUCCGGUUAGUCCAAAUAUUGAGUUGAUCCGAAUUAUCCGAGACUCCACUCCUAAUCAAUACAUGGUACUUAUGAAGUUCAAAGACCAAACACUUGCUGAUGAAUUUUAUAAAACGUACAACGGGCAGCCAUACAAUUCUAUUGAGCCUGAAGUCUGUUAUUGUGUGUAUGUGUCUGGUGUAGAGACAGCCAAGGAAUCUGAGGGUUCCUGUCUGCCCAUACCUGGUUUAACUGAGUUACCAACUUGUCCUGUGUGUCUGGAAAGAAUGGAUGAGUCAGUAGAUGGCAUACUAACUGUUUUAUGUAAUCAUUCAUUUCAUGGUACUUGCCUCUAUAAAUGGGGAGAUUCUAGUUGUCCUGUAUGUCGGUAUUCUCAGGCACCAGAACCAGUAGCUGACAACAAAUGUAUGGCAUGUGGAGCACAAGAGAGUUUGUGGAUAUGUCUGAUUUGUGGUAACGUUGGUUGCGGCCGUUAUACGUCGGCUCACGCGUACAGUCAUUUUGAGGAAACUCAGCACACGUAUGCUAUGCAAUUAGGAAACAACAGAGUAUGGGACUAUGCCGGUGAUAACUAUGUACACCGACUAGUACAGAGCAAAGGAGAUGGAAAAAUGGUGGAAUGGGACAGGGGUGAUCCUGAGGAAGAGAGAGAAGAAAAAGUUAAUUCACUAGUUCUAGAGUUUAAUUAUUUAUUACGAAGUCAGUUGGAGUCGCAGAGGUUGUACUUUGAAGAACAGAUCUCUAGAGUGGAACAAAAAACAAGAGAAGAGGUUACAGAGGUAGAACAACGAUCCAAGAUGACUUUAAAACAAUGCGAGAAACUUGAACAAAAGUUAACUCACUGUGUAAAAGAUAGAAAUGCAUAUGAAAAAAAGUGUUCUCAAUUGAAUAGUAAAAUAAACAAACUUGUCAUUGAACUUAAAGAAGAACAAGAGAUGAACAAAUGUCUACGAGAGAAUCAAAAUGUGUUGCAGAGCAGAACCAAAGAAAUGGAGUCGCGAUAUGCACAAGAACAACAAAGAAAAGAGAAGGCAAGUGAAGUUAUGAAGGAGCAGCUUCAUGACCUGAUGUUUUACUUGGACGCUCAGACUAAAAUUAGUAACGCAUCGGAUGAAACCAGACAAGAAAUUCAAGAAGGUCAAAUAGUGAUGGGAGCUGCAGCGGCUUCGCCGGAUGUCAGCAAGUCACAUUCCCGGAAAGGAAGAAAAAAAGGAAGAUAGGCCUUCAUUGUCUUCUGCCACUGUGGGUGCUGUUAUUAUGAAUGUAGAGCUUUAUGUAUUCUGCCACUGGAUGUGCUGUUAAUAUUCUGGGG